AUGCUACGCUGUUCAAGGUCAUGCUACCGAUUUCACGGGGUUAAAAGGCUGAUCGGCCAGCUGAGACCUCUUUCACAAACGGCUUUUUUGAAAAAACCGUCUAUGAAUUAUUAUGGACUCGAAAGCGGGCCCAGCAAUGAUGAUAUUGGAUUUCUCAAGUCGUCUGUGGUGUCUAUGGCCCCCGGAUUUGGUACUUUUGAUAAUGCACAGGCCGCUGCUCAAGCUGGCGAGUCUCGAAAUAUCAUGAACCUGUGGUCUCUACUGGAGGCAUGUCUUCACUCUGGCUACAUGGAUCGGGCGUUUUCGAUCUUAAGGUCUCUCUACAACCUCAAGUCGUACCGGGCAUCUUUCAUCGACGAUUAUAACAAGUACCUGACGAAAUUCGCUGAAAAUGCUACAGACUUGAAAACUGUCGACAAAAAGCUAUUUGAGGACCUCCAAAAGACGUUUCCAGCUGUCGAUUAUAAUGAUAAGACACUGGCAAUUUUGAUCCAUAAUGCGAUCAAGCUUUCAGACUCGAAAGAAACCCGUUCAAAGCACUGCGAGACUUACCUGAGAAUGGCUGUCAGUGGCUACAGAGGUAUUUUAAGCAACGUCGAAGUGCUUACAAUACAGGAUUACCGGACUUUACUACACGAUCUAGGUCUGAUAGAAGUACACGAUUUGCCCGCUGAACUAGGACCCAUAGUGGUUGCGAGCGGGGUUUCGCCUGAAGGCACUGAAGAACCAAAACGGACCGCAGGCGGAACCCAUGGUAUAACAGGAAUGGCGAAGGACAGUCCUGAAUUCGCAUUUGACAACGAAAUAAAAACUGUGGCGAAAGACGCCAAGGAAUUAUUGGCUGUUGACACAAUCGGUAUGAAGGUCGUACGACAUACUCUGCUAGGACUCUCUCUCACUGAAGAACAAAGAAAGCAAGUCAAAGACUUCAACUUCGAAACCGCUUCAAACCUUCUAAACUUUGAAGAAGGCCAAAGCAACAUCGACUUCUUCGAGAUUCAUCGGACUCUGAAAACUGAUGAGGAAAGAGAGUCUUUCGCAAAAGCUUUAGACGAAUUCAAUCAGGAUAGACAGCACCAACUAGAACAUAGGGCAACUGAUGCCGCCAAAGAGCGUUGGAGACACGACUUCGAGGAAGCAAAAGCGAGAGGAGACCUGUCUAUACAGAAAAAACUAAACGUCAAGCUGUGGGAUUGGUUCAAUCAGAUGCUGCCACUUGUCAAAGAAGAAGUAAAACGCUGCGCCGAAGUAGCAAACCAUUCUGUGCAGGACGGUUCGCUCAGCGCCAAGGAGAAGAAACAGAACAAAGCAAGAGAGGAUUAUGGUCCAUACUUAACACUGGUGGACCCUGAAAAGAUGUGCGUCAUCACGAUUUUAGAGCUUUUGAAGCUAAACUCGACUGGUGGUGUGAUAGAAGGUAUGAGAACAGCAAGAGCUGUAAUUUCCGUCGGCAAAGCAAUCGAGAUGGAAUUUAGAGCUGAGCUGUUGCUCAAAAACGAAGCGCACGUCUUCAAGGACAUCAAGAAAAACUCGCAUGUGUUUAAGCUGCUUGUGCAGCGCGCAAGAAAUACCUUCCGUUCCAUGAAGAUUGAAGAAUCGAAGAUUCUAUGGCCUCAAGAAGCUCGUGCCAAGAUCGGGUCAAUAUUAAUCUCGAUGUUAAUUCAUGUUGCUAGAGUCCGAGUUGAGGGUACCGACCCUCUUACGCAAGAAAAGAUUCAGGGCGAAGCACCAGCUUUUUCCCACGGAUACCAAUACCACAACGGUUCCAAAUUAGGCGUGCUUAAAAUCCAUAGAAGCUUGGUCCACCAACUCAAUGGCGAGCGUUUGGUUGCAGCAGUGCAACCCCAAUUACUUCCCAUGCUAGUCAAACCAAGACCGUGGAAGAGCUGGAAUUCUGGUGGCUACUACUACACUCAAUCGACUUUGAUUAGAUCAAAGGAAUCGCCUGAGCAAGUCGCUUAUCUCAAAGCUGUAUCUGAUGCCGGUGCAAUUGAAAACGUUUAUCGCGGCUUAAAUGUUUUGGGCGAAACUGCCUGGACAGUGAACCGGAAAAUGUUCGACAUGAUGUCGCAUGUGUGGAAUACAGGUGAACCAUUUCUCGAUAUCCCUGGCAAUCAAAGCAAGCUGGUACUAACGCCUCAGCCCCCAAGAGAUGCCGACCCUUCAGUACACAGACAGUGGAAGCUCAAAAACAAAGAGCUCGCAAAUGAAUUUUCAGGUGGUCGAUCAGCACGUUGUGAUGCGAACUAUAAGUUAGAAAUCGCAAGAGCUUUCCUCGGUGAAAAGUUCUAUUUCCCUCACAACUUAGACUUCCGUGGUCGCGCGUAUCCGCUGUCACCUCAUUUUAAUCAUUUGGGCAAUGAUAUGAGUAGAGGACUUAUGAUCUUUUGGAAUGGUAAACAACUGGGUUCGAAUGGUCUUAAGUGGCUCAAGGUACAUCUAUCCAAUCUUUUUGGAUUCGAUAAAGCACCACUUGAGGAACGUAUCGCUUUUACAGAAAGCCAUCUCGAAGACAUCAAAGAUUCAGCAGAGGACCCUUUGAAUGGAAAAGGCUGGUGGAAACAAGCUGAUAAGCCCUGGCAAGCUCUCGCUACCUGUAUGGAAUUGAAUGCUGCCUUGAAAUUGGACAAUCCAUGCGAGUUUAUUUCUCAUAUUCCUGUACACCAGGACGGGACGUGCAAUGGUUUACAGCACUAUGCUGCCCUCGGAGGUGAUGUGGAAGGUGCUAAACAAGUCAAUUUGAUGCCCAGUGAUAGACCACAGGACGUUUAUUCUCAUGUUGCGAAACUAGUUGUUGCAAGACUGGAGAAAGCCGCUGCGAAGGGUGAUGAGACAGCAGAGAUUCUAAAAAACAAGAUCACACGUAAGGUUGUCAAGCAAACUGUCAUGACCAAUGUUUAUGGUGUCACCUAUAUUGGCGCUACUCAUCAAAUCGAAAAGCAGCUAUCGACUGUUUUUGACGAUUACAAGCAUUCAUAUGAGCUGUCAAAGUAUCUGACGAAACACGUCUUCGCCUCCGUAAGAGAGCUAUUCGAGGGUGCACAUCUCAUUCAGGACUGGUUAGGAGAAUGCGCAAAGAGAAUCUCCAAAUCCAUUAGACUCGAUAUUGAUGAAAAGGCUUUUAGGAACGGUAAUAAACCCGACUUUAUGUCCUCUGUAAUUUGGACAACGCCUCUAGGACUUCCCAUAGUCCAACCAUAUCGUGAGAAUGGCAAGAAACAGGUGGCAACCAAUCUCCAAACAGUGUUCAUCAGUGAUCCCUUCGCUGUCAAUCCAAUCAACGCCAGGAGGCAAAAAGCAGGCUUUCCUCCUAAUUUUAUCCACUCGCUGGAUGCUUCGCACAUGCUUCUAUCGGCUCUUAAAUGUGGAGAGAAUAAAUUGGAUUUCGCGGCUGUUCACGACUCUUACUGGACGCAUGCGAGUGACAUUGACACGAUGAACGUUCUACUCAGAGAGCAAUUUAUCAAGCUCCAUGAGGUCGAUCUUAUCGAAAGGUUGAAGAACGAAUUCGACGAACGUUAUAAAAACUACUUGCAGAUCAUCAAAAUUGACAAGAAGGCUGAUGUAGCGACUAAAAUUGUUGAUCUUAGAAAGGAACUUUCUCAAAAGCUUGGUCGCCAGUUCACGCUAGCGGACGAAAUCUACAUGGAAAAGAAGCGUGUACAGCUGCUUGAAUCUGAGGAUCCUGUGGAGAAUGGAGAAGGCGCAGAAAUGGUGACAACCGUAUCGCUGCUUGGUGAAGUUGAAGACAUAGCGUUACUGGAAAAGACCAGCGAUGCCAGCGGUAUAAUGGUUUUGGCACCAUUGAAACUUCCUCAAAUCCCUCCAAAGGGAGAUUUCGACGUCAAGGAACUGGAGAACAGCAAAUAUUUCUUCUCUUGA